GAAGUGACGUAUGAGGAAGUGAAAUGAGAACAGAAGUACAUGGCGGGAGAGAUAAUGUCGCAGUGAAAUAAGGUAAAUAUCAUAAAAUAUACUAACAAAAAACAAAGCCGAAAAGGAGAGCAAUAACCAGAGUGAAAGUAAACCUGUAAUGUGGAGGAAACGGACAGUGAGCGCAGUGUAACCGUGACAACGAGACACGAGGACGAAUUUAAAGUGAUCAUAAAAUCGUCUCCAGACGGGCGUCGUUCGGUCCUCGCAGCGCAGGCUUGCCGCUGUUAAAACUAAACAGAGCUCCCUGAAAGGCACAGCCAAUCACAUUGGCCAUAUUUGUCACAUGAGUCCAGUAGGCGGGAUUAAUGCACCUGUAAGCUGAUUUGUCAAACGCCAUCAAGCCCCGAAGAAGAACGGAGGAGGACAGCACUACUGUGGUAGAGGAGCGGUGUGUGUGCAGACAUGGCUGCUGUUGAUGAAUCGAACUGAACUUAGAGGAGAGACACAAACUAAAGUAUUGAUCCCGUCACAUCAGUGUGGAUCUGAUACCAACGUCUGUAUCGCUUCUAUUGAUGCUUGUAUCGAUCCGCUCAGCUCCAGUUGAAGCAGCAAUGAGUUCAUUUCAGUAUCUGAGAGAGUUCAUCAAGGAGAGACUAACUGCUGUUUGUGAAGAAAUCUUCUCAGAGGUUCAAAAAACCAUCGUCCAGUAUGAGGAGGAGAUCAACCGUCAGCACAGACUGCUGGAUAUCAGCCGGAAACCCGACAGAAACUCACACAUCAUAGACCUCCCACAACAACAUGACUGUGAGGAAGAGGAGGGUCUGGAUGAGCAGCAGGUCUGUAACCAGGAGAGGAACUCCAGUCUGGACCAGGAGGACCCAGAGCCUCCACAGAUUAAAGAGGAACAAGAGGAGCUCUGCAGCAGUCAGGAGGGAGAGCAGCUUGGACUGAAGCAGGAAGCUGAAGGCAUUAUUGUCUGGACUGAUGAAGAGCAGCUCAGACAGAUGGAGACCAUCUGUAAACCUGAGAUAAAGUUACACAGAAUAGAUGUUGUACAGCAGCAUGCUUUUAAGGAAGAGGAGGUUCUUACAGACCAGCAGGUCUGUAACCAGGAGAGGAACUCCAGUCUGGACCAGGAGGACCCAGAGCCUCCACAGAUUAAAGAGAAACAGGAGGAACUUUGCAGCAGUCAGGAGGGAGAGCAGCUUGGACUGAAGCAGGAGGCUGAAGGCAUUAUCGUCUGGACUGAUGAAGAGCAGCUCAGACAGAUGGAGACCAUCUGUAAACCUGAGAUAAGGUUACACAGAAUAGAUGUUGUACAGCAGCAUGCUUUUAAGGAAGAGGAGGUUCUUACAGACCAGCAGGUCUGUAACCAGGAGAGGAACUCCAGUCUGGACCAGCAGGACCCACAGCCUCCACAGAUUAAAGAGAAACAGGAGGAACUUUGCAGCAGUCAGGAGGGAGAGCAGCUUGGACUGAAGCAGGAGACUGAUACUUUCAAGGUGACAUCCGCUUAUGAGGAAAGUUCCCACAGUGAACCAGAACCAAACAGUGAGCAGCUCUUUUCUCACACCUCUCCUGAAGCAGAGAGCCGAGAUUAUGAAGUAAAUGGGCAUGUGGACUCAAGAUCAACUAGAAAUGAAGAGCUGAAGAAGAGACAUCACAGUCAGAGAGUAGACAAUGCUCCUGUGUCAGUGAGUCAAAGUAGAACGGACACAAAGAACAAGUCUGUACAAUGUGACGUGUGUGGAAAAACUUUACCUGAUAAAUACAAACUGAUUGCACAUCUAAGAGUUCACACAGGUGAGAAGCCGUAUUCUUGUAGCACCUGUGGGAAAAGAUUUUCUGACUCAUCGGCGUCAAAAAAACACAUGAGAAUUCACACAGGUGAGAAACCUUAUUGUUGUAGCACCUGUGGGAAAAGAUUUUCUGACUCAUCAGCGUUCAAAACACACAGGAGAGUUCAUACAGGUGAGAAGCCAUAUUCUUGUAGCACCUGUGGGAAAAAAUUUGCUACCUCAUCAGCGAUGAAAACACACAUGAGAAUUCACACAGGUGAGAAGCCAUAUUGUUGCAGCAUGUGUGGGAAGAAAAUUGGUACCUUGUCAUCAUUCAAAACACACACGAGAGUUCAUACAGGUGAGAAGCCAUAUUGUUGUAGCACCUGUGGGAAAAGAUUUGCUGACUCAUCAGCGUUAAAAAAACACAUGAGAAUUCACACAGGUGAGAAGCCAUAUUGUUGUAGCACCUGUGGGAAAAGAUUUGCUGACUCAUCAGGAUUCAAAACACACACGAGAAUUCACACAGGUGAGAAACCGUAUCCUUGUAGCAUCUGUGGGAAAAGGUUUGUCGAUAAGCUACAAUUAAAGAAGCACAUGAGAAUUCAUACGGUGUAAAACGUAUAUACUUAGAAAAUGUGGGACAACUGUGAGUCAUCGCUGAACACCUGAGUGAAAAGAUGAUCCAUAUUCAAAUCAUUUUUUUCUUCUUUUUUUUUCCAGAGCAGUAAAGAACUCUCAGCAUUGUUUGUUCAGUUUAUUACAUUAUUCUAUUAAUUGUAUCAGGAAAACUGAUCUUACAUUUCAUGAGGGUUAAAGUUCAGUAUGCUCCUGUUCUAUUGGUUCAUUGUUUAGCUGUGUUGUUUAUUAUUAUUGCUUUAUAUCCUAUAAUGGGAGAAAUGGACCCCAAACCAGUAUUCUGGUUAAUAGUUUUAAUCCUUUGCUAAACUGAGUUUUUGUCAUAAUAAAAAUGAAGAAAUUGAGCAACAGUGAAGAAUUGUGUUUAUUCUUGUAAGGGAGCAAAAGUAUCAAAAACCAAGUUUCAUGCUUGAAACUUGGUAUUUGAUACCAAGUCCACAGUACAUUUUGUCAGUCCCAACCUCCUUUGCCAUAAAACUGUCACACGAUAACUCAUUUCCUUCUAAAGGCUUUUGAGAAGCCUCUAGAACAGGGGUCUCAAACUUGCGGCCCGCAGGCCAUUUGUGGCCCACGUCACCUAUACUUGUGGCUUGUACUUGUAAGAAAUGUAGCAUAUUUCUAUCUCUGGAAGCCAGAAUUACUGAAUUGGAGACUCUGCUUCGCACCUUUCAUCAAGAGCACCUGGCUGAAGCCACUGGGGAGUGCCACUGCAACCACUGAACAUCCAAGGUGUGGACAUCGAGGCUGUGGACAGCUACAGGUACCUUGGUGUUCAUCUGAACAACAAACUGGACUGGACUCA